AUGUUUUUUUUCCCGAAGCUUAGAAAACUUAUAGGUUCAACUGUGAUCGAUCACGAUACCAAGAACUCAUCAGGAAAGGAAGAGAUCAUGUCAAAUAGCCGAUUAGCACUUGUUAUUAUCAACCACGCCUUUGAUAAGGUACUAUCUUUGACGUGGCACUGCGGGAUAUUAUCCGAAAUAAGAUCAGGACUGAUGUUAAUGUUUGGCAUUUUCCAGUUGAUGUGCUCUUUGGGUGUCAUCGUAUUGCUGUUGCCUAUUAUCAUACUGGACGCGAUCGAUCUAUUCCUCUACAUGUGCAGGUUGCUUGAUUACGGUUGCAAGUUAUUCCACUACAAUAGAUCAUCAUUACCGGUGGCAGAUGGAAAAGAAAAGACCAGUGGUCCCAUAAGCGGAAAGGAGGAAAUAGUUAUUGAUGAGGAGAUAAUUAAUAUGCUAAAUGAAUCCUCAGAAUCAUUGAUCAAUCAUACUACAGCUGGUCUGGAAUAUGAUAUUAGUUCAGGUAGUGUUAACAAAAGUAGGCGUUUGAAUUCAACUAGUACAGUUACAUUUGUGAAGCAGAAUAAACUUGUUAAUGAAAGGAGGGAAGACGCCUACUACGAGGAAGAGGAUGAUGAUUUCCUAUCAAAUCCGAAUUAUGAUAAGAUAUCAUUGAUCGAAAAAUCAUUCACGAGUCGUUUUGAAGUGGCUUGUGAGCAGAAAGCUGCUUAA